AUUUGAAUUUACUAUUGUUUCUGCGCUAAGUUUUCACUUGUAUUUGUGGUCCAUAAAAAGUGUUGAUUUUAAAACAUUAUUACCCAUAAAUAGGCGCUCCGUAGUUCCAAAAUAUGGAGGAGUGGGAACGACUAGUAGACGGGUAUCCGAAGAAUCCGGACGUCAAGCUCUUCAUCAAAGUGCUGAAGACUGCAGAGGUCGCGUUGAAAGAAGACCUGGCUCCGUUUGAAUUGGAUUGGGUGACCAGCACACUAUUCUUCAAGCCAGUUUCGCUGUUCGAUACCAUAUCUGCUAAACGUAACGAUGCAGCUUGGAGCAAGCCUAUAAGCGAUGCCUUCAAGCUAAUUGGUGAAAUUGUUGACAAGUGUCAGCCAGAGCAUCUGUUUGAAAACAUUGUCACGCUCUGUCUUCUCUCCUACACGCCAAACAUCCGCAAGGACGCGCUGUCGUGCUUGGCGCGCGUUGCACGUCAAUCGGCGGAGGGAGCGCGUGACGCGCAACUACUUAUCACAGAACUGCAAGACUCGAGCACUAGCAAGACACAGCUGGCUGUGCUUGUGGGUGUAAUAGCAGAAUUCCACCCUGAGCUGGUGACGGAGUCAGCAACGAGGAUAUGGAGGAUAUACCUAAACUUACUGGAGUCCAACAAGAACACGGAUACAGUAAUAAACUCAGUGCUGCAAGGCCUGUUAGGCCUCUUCAAACACUUUGGGGUGGACCUGCCCAUCAUAGAGUUUAGAGAUCUCUAUGAAAGGAUCUCUAAAGAAUACAUUUUCAAGAGCAAAUGUGAAGAGGUGUGCCAUUCAAUAUUGGAGCAUCACGCCGACCUAUUCAAGGAGCUACUGGCCAAAGACCCUCGGCUAAGACUACAGCUGUGGGCCUCACAGGCCUCGGCGGCCUUACGGGCUGUAUAUGCUGCUAUUGCCACCGCAGUCACUAGGGAACAGAUGAUGAAAAUUUUAUCAUCCGAAGUCUACCCACGCGUGCAAUCAGUGCAGAUCCGAACUAAAUACAUCGCUCUUCGUAUACUAAAGUACUGUUCUAUGACUAAUGAGACUAGUAAUGACGUCAUAGCUGGGACUAUUAGUGACGUCACAGCUGGGACUAGUGGUGACAGUGCGGCUUCUGAAUGCGACUGCUGCGCGUUGGCGUAUGAAGUGAAGCGAGGGGGCGUGUCCAUAGACAAGGCUGAUGCGAUCCACUGGUGCCUAGAUUCAUCAGCUCCCGGCAGCGACAAGCUCCUCCAGACUUGUCUGCUGUUCCACCACAACAUACCCUCGUCUAAGAGGCGAGAUAUAUCCGUGCAUGGACUGCUGAACGCUCACGAGGAUGUUAGGACUGUACGUAUAACUACGGCACUAUUCCUACCUCUCGUUCCCACCGCUGCAACUCCUGUGUAG